GAGAGGAGGUGCUGCAAAAGCUCCGUGCUGUGUUGUCAGCUCUUGAGAAGUCUAAGCUGCGGGGGUCUUUCGAGGGAGAGAAAGACCCCCCCCCUCCGCUCUUCCAGGCAACUCACAACAGGGGCCAAAGGGGGAAGUCUUGUUCCUGUCUGUAUUGAAAGGGCUGCUGACCUGGAGAAAUGAAUGUGGGCACAGCUCACAGUGAGGUGAACCCCAACACUCGGGUUAUGAACAGCCGCGGCAUCUGGCUAUCUUAUGUCUUGGGAAUCGGCCUGCUGCACGUGGUUCUCCUCAGUAUCCCUUUCUUCAGCGUCCCUGUGGUUUGGACUCUAACCAACAUAAUUCACAAUAUGAGCAUGUACAUUUUCUUACACACGGUGAAAGGAACACCAUUUGAGACUCCAGAUCAGGGGAAAGCCCGGCUGCUCACUCACUGGGAGCAGAUGGAUUAUGGUGUACAAUUCACUGCUUCCCGCAAAUUCCUGACCAUCACACCAAUCGUACUUUAUUUUCUUACUAGCUUCUACACUAAAUACGACCGGAUACACUUCAUCAUCAACACUAUCUCAUUAAUGAGUGUCUUGAUCCCCAAACUACCCCAGCUGCAUGGCGUUCGCAUCUUUGGGAUCAACAAGUACUGAGCUCAGAUGUUCGUUUGUUUGUUUCCCUUCCGGUGAGCUGCAAGAGGCCAGCGUGAGAAGCCCACUUCCUUACUUCUGGCUGCGUCUUCAUGAUACCGUUACAUGACAGCUCUUUUUAAAUGGGCACAUAUUGCACAGGAUUCCAAGAUCCAACAAAACUCAACCAGCUCAAGUGAUGCUUGAAUCUUUGGUAGAGUUUAGCUUGCAGAGAGAGACGGGGAAGCUAAAACGUAUUAUUAUUGUUAUUAUUUCCUCUUGAGAAACUGAAAAUAGAUACAGACAACAUUGUGGUUUUACAAGGUACUCAUAGCUUUUUCUCUGGGAGAAAAGAGAAAGUUGAACACACAUAGAAAGGUUACAAGGUGACAUUUAGGGUGACGGCAAAUGCACUUUAACAUAAAGCUGUCCCUUCUGGGAAACUUUGACUUCCUCGUUGAAAGGGCUAUAUCAGAAAUGUGAAGACACAUUAAGAAUAGGGUAGGUAGAUUUCCCCAUAAUUUGGAAACCUUUGUUGAUCAUGUAAUUAUUUGGUAGGUAGGUGGGAAAGAUUUGCAUUCUUUCUACAGGGACACAGUCUAUUUUCCGGGUAGAAAGCAAUGCUCCUCAGAAUUUUCUUUGAAAAGUUUUUGCUCUAUCUAGCUAUCUGUCGUUAUUUUUACCAUCCAAGAAUUUGGGAAUGGGGUACUCUAUAGGGAAAGUGCUUAGAUAUUAAAAUAAAACUGGAGCAAGAAGGAAAAGGAGGAAAAGCAGGAUAUUCAUGACACUUGUGACAUAGUGGUUACCAUGGAUUGGCGGUUACAGUUGCCACAUUGCAGUGUUGUCCUGGCUGUAGAGCUAAUGGCUCAGUGACCAGUCUGGUGAAAUAUGAAUGGCUUAAUAUGACAUUUCCAUUAUCUUAGAAUCAUAGAAUAGCAGAAUUGGAAGGGGCCUACAAGGCCAUCAAGUCCAACCCCCUGCUCAAUGCAGGAAUCCAUCCCUAUGAGACAAUAGUGGUGUUGAAGACAAGAGAAUGGGCCAUGAAACCCAGACCUCAUUUCCAAUUUCCCUCUCGCUGUUCAAAAUCCAACAUAAGUUGGUCGGGCGCCAGGCUCUGUUGAACAUCACUGAUUCAUGCCUGCACUGGAGUUCAAAGAGCGCUGUCUGUUACCGCUCUUUGUGAUUUCAAAUGGAGACGAUGUAUUUGUUACCUUGACACCCACCACGCAUGUAGCAGAAUGGGUUUUGCAUAAGUGCAUCACUGUGGCAGAAUAAGAUCUGCCUUGUUUUCCCUUACCUAGAUCGCAGAUCGUUGCCUAUAUUUGGGGCUUGAAAGGGCUCCUACCAAUCAGCCUGCUUUCUAAUCAGCAAUGGGGUUCAUUAUUAGCAAGAAGGAGGAGGAUUCUCUUCUGCUAAUGCACUGGUAAGUGCAUCUGAAGUUUUUUAUUAGGAUGGGGGAAGAAAAAAGAAAAAUAAAAAACCCCAUGAGCUGCAAUAUAUUAGGGUGUGUAUCACCAACAAUCUUUAAAGUACAAUCUGCAACUCAUUCAUCUGGGCAUCAAGAAAAAUGUUUGUAUUAAGUUUUGAUGAUCAACAUCUUGGAUACUUGAGGUUGCUUCUUCUUGUCUAGGAUGUAGCCUAGUACAAAAAGUUUGAAAAUAAUAUUCCUACCACCACCACCACCCGCCCCUGAAAUGCACACAAGUUGCUAGCUAGGAGACUUAUAAUGGAAUUAAACAAGGCCAAAGUAUUUCCUGGUGUCUCUUUGCCAAUCCUCCUAAAAGUCAGAGGCUGGCGGUAACUUGGCCUCUGCAUUGCUUCCUUAGCAGUGUACUGGGAUGGCUUGGAAAUAUUUGAUGCUGGUGCCAAGAAAAGGAAAGGGGGGAAAUCCCUUUUCCAGUGUUAGAGUGUUAAACACUUUGGACACUUCUCAGAAAGUAGCAGGGGUCAGGGUGGGCGAUCUAAAACAUCACCACUGCUUUUAGGAGUUUCUAAGGGGGAGCACAUGCCCUUGUGCUACCAAAUUUGCCGCAGUCUGCUUAAUAAGAAAGGGUUAAACCUGCUCCCCAAAAAUGAAAAAGACAACUAAGUGGUUAUGUGGGAGGAAAUAGAUAUUAUAAUAUGCAAAAUUUCAAAGACUAUGGGGACAAAAAAAGUGGGUGGAUGAGGAGUUAAGAGUUGCAAUUCACCUGCACCGGCAGAGCUACAGGCUACCCAGUGCAUCACUUUGAGGCUCGCCAACUUCCUGUACUUAAUGGCAUAUUUAUAUCAUAGUCGAAACUCCUAGCACUUGAACCGGCAAGGCUGGAGUUGAAGGCUGGGGUCCUGGCCAGUGAGUGACCCGCGACUCUGCGUACUUGGAGCUUUCUCUCUCCGGACACGAUAGGGCAGAGGCAAACAACCUUUGGGGGCUGUGGACACGUUUGGCAAUUUGAGCAACUGUCCUGGGCACUUCCACAAAAUGGCUACCAUGGAAGGCAUGGCCAAAAAAAAGACUGAAUACAAGGCAGGAGUGGGGGCUGAGACCCAGCCCAUUAAACAACUCCUUUGAACCCACAGCUUUCAGCAUCAACAGAAAUUUCACAGCAAUCCCAGCUGCCAGUAAGAAAAUGUGUUAAUUGAAAAUAAAAGUGGGAGUGGUAGGGCACCUUGAUGGAUGCAAAGAAAGUAUCCAGGGUGCAUAUUGGUGUAGGCCUACCACUGUAAUAAAAAAAUAGGAGUGCCUAAGAUCAGCCCUUGCAAUUGGCAGGCAGCAAGAGACCGCUGGAUUGGCCAGGCCAAGUAUAAAUGCCAGGAGCCUGAUCAAUUACCCUUGCUUGAUUAACAGAACAGUUGUCCUCCUGUUUCACUCUAGCCUCCAGCUCCUGAGUCAGCUUCCUGUUAUUAUUGACUAUGAGCUUGUAAAUUAGGAAGGCAACAGUCACUUUAGAAUUAAAAUUAGAUAAUGAGUGUCAUCUAACGAGUGCUUUAUAGCACACUCAUUGCUCAUGGUUUUUCAUGGGUCCUUUUCACGAUGCCUCCCGUGCAUCUCCCAUUUUUUCUGGGCUUUUUCCAUCCUGAAACAAGAUAGAGAAAAUCUGGGUUUGGGGGCUGUAGCGAAACUUGAUGCCAUUUCCUGCUGUGUGCAGAAGAAGCAGCAUGAUAAAAACAUCCACUGAAUGGGUCACAUGGUCAUUAUUGCUUGCUUCCUCUUUCUUCCCCAUGUGAAGAAAGAGGAAGCUGCUCAUCCUGAUUGUGGGACAGCGGCAGAAGGCAAAGCGAUGGUAGGGAAAUGUGAUUCCCCCCGCCCAUCUAAUGAUGCUCAAUGUGUAGUGGUGAUGACUGAUUUUGCUCAGAACGUGUAAUCUAAACAUGGAGAGAGAGGCAGGAUCUUUCCAGUAAAAUUCUUCUCUGAGAGAAGUAAACGACCAUUCAACGCAAGUGGUAAAGGGGAUUAACACUGUAAGCUAUUCACCAAAAUCCUAGUACAGUUAAGAUUCUGGGCAGCUAUUGAUUUGAGUAGAGCUAGCACAUUUACUCCUAAGACAUCUGGAAAACAAGGCAUUUUUAAAUCUUCAUGAAAAGGGAAGACAACAGAAUAAGCAGCAUGUGAAAUAUACUGAAGUAGAGAGGUGAACUUGUGCAUCAUUCGUUCUUCCCAUUUUUAAAAACACUAGGUUAGAAUUUGUUACUUUCUUUGAUGACUGAUAGGGGAGUGCUGGUUCAGUUGAGUUCAAUAUUCCCCCUUCAAUGUUCUUCUCUCCCCCCCACCCACAUUGUUUAAGACAUGAAUGAACACAUGAACAAAACAGCUCCUGCUUUGAUGACAGAGCAGAAUAGUUUAUUAUUAUUAUUAUUAUUUAUUUAUAUAGCACCAUCAAUGUACAUGGUGCUAACAAUCCCUUCUGAGGUAAAUUGCAGAGAACGGAGAUCUGAUCAAUGUUGCAUAUGGUUCGAAAGAUAGAUAACUUGAAAAUUAUGUAUUAACACUGUUCCUAUAUAGGUGGUGAAUACCUUAAACACAACUCAGAGCUGCACUCUUCUGAAAUAGAAUUGACAAACAUUAUUUCUUCAAGAGUAUAAAUUGUUGCCUUGUACAGUAAAGGGAUAAAAAGGAAGGAAGGAAGGAAGGAGAGCUCAUUAAGGCCGUGUCUGUUUAGCAAUCAAUUUUCAUGUAAUUUUUCCACAAGCACUUUCUCCCACCAAUACGUUUUCAUUCUUUUAAGUACGAGAGCACUGACCAGAGUAUCUCUCCACCUGCAAUGUUCCUGUUGAAUCCCUUUAGACCUGGGGUAGGCACUCUGGUAUCCUCCAGAUGUUUUGGACUACAACUCCUAUAAUCCUUCACUAUUGGCCAUGGUGGAUGGAAUUUAUGGGAGUUAUAAUCCAGAACUAGGAUUGUCUGCCCUUGCUUUAGGCGAUGUUUUCUCAUUGUCUAUAAAUAUUGACAGCUAAAAGAGGCAGGGUAGAAUUACCUUUAUGGAAAACUGGGAAAAAGUGAACCCUAAAAUAACUUGUUUCAGAAAGCAUGUGGCUCAAUGACUUUUAUGUUGGCCAGGUCAAGGUUCAGCUGAGGAUUUUUUAAUAACUGCUUCGUAAUUGGUAGAGAGAAGAACCUGAUCUAUAGCCAAUCCUAUAUGCUCAUUUGGUGAGCUCAAAUCUUGACGGGAAGGGAAUCAGUCAAUAUGGCAUUCAACCCACAGUUAUCCAUAUUCUCUGAUGAAGCUGCUACUUGCACCUGACAUAUGAGUUCAUGUAGGCUGCCAUCACAGCAGGCUUUUUAUACCACAACCAGGGCUUUUUCCUCCAGAUUCUUUGCAGGGUUAAAAUCAGCUCCUUUACAUGGGUGAAAAUGUUUGUAUGCAAAUUCUAUAUGUUUCAUUAUAGUCACUAGAUGGCACUGCAGUAAUGAGCAUGAGACUCCCUAGAGGUUGUUGAUGCUGUGUAAAAAAAUUGCAAAUGUCCAAGAGUGAUCAAUCACAAGCGAGCAAUAAAAGCCUCAGGUAGAAAUGCUCACAAUGACCUUGUUAACUGUUUCCUGUUGGGUAAAAUAGAAAGAGCUUCACAAAGUUUAGUUUCCACAAGAGGCAACAUUUUGUACACCAGACCUCCCCACCUUGGUGCCCUCCAGAUGUUUUGGACUUCAGUUCCCAUCAGCUCCAGCUAGCUUAGUCAGUGGUCUGGAACAUUGGGAGCCAGGAGUCCAAAACAUCUGGAGGACACCAGGUUAGGAAAGGCUGCUUCUAUACUGCCAAUUCUAAUUGUUUCAGUUUGGGAUAAAACAAGAAGCGGUCAGCGUUCUCACCUGAAUGUAGAGGGCACACUUCCUUAGCACUUGAAUGCUUCUCGACUGUGGUGCCCAAGUUGCCAGGACACUUGCAGUUCUGUCUUCCAACCAGCACAGGGUGGCUUUGUUAGAAGGGAAUCUGUGCCUGACCUGUAGCACUCCUGGUUUGAGCCAUGCAACACUUGACGCUUAGUUUCUUGCUGACCACGAGAACCCAGGAGAGAAAAGUGCUAAAGAGUGGCUGAAACAACAGGAAUAUCUGAUUGCACAAUGGUCCACUUCCAAGAUCUUUUAAAAGUAAGCAACUUGUUUCAAAAUAUCUUCUACAGUGAGUAGAUCCUGGUUAAGAGGCUACAAAUUGCCUGCUCAUUACUAAAUUUGAGGGGAUUAUCCGCCAGGUAAACCAUGGCAGGCUCACCUAGGCAAUCCAUGAAUAUGUGGGGGAAACUCAAAAGAAAAACAGUACUUAAUGGGCCCUUGUCAGGAGUGUAUGUAGCACUUCCAGAACUCUAGAAAUAGAAGGGAAACACACCACCACCACCACCCUACCACCAGACUCCUUUCAUGACUUAGCUAAUACCCAUGCAAGAUACUGUGUUUACUAGAGGAGUUAACACCUGUAGAUUCAAACUGACAUCAAUUGACUAUCUGGAUGAGGUCUGGGUUUUCAUUUAGUUUUAAGCUGCAUAUUUCACAAGGGUCUAAUUUGCAAACAAAAAUAAUCCAGCUAUUUUUUGAAGUACGGUGUUAAGCUCUUUAGGAGAGCAAGGUAGUUAACUCACUGUCACAAAUUGCAUUUUGUGACACGUGUGUGGCUUAUUUCUUAGUUUUAGUGAAAAAUCCUACUGGCAUUAGUUUGUCAUUAUCUGUGAAAUCUAAUUUUUAGAAUGUGCAUGAAUGUCGUUCUCAAUUAGCUUUAUCAUUUUUACAUGGAACAUCCUUGUGUCUGACAUAGAAUUGUGUUGGUUUCUCUCCUGCCCUUUCAUGCCUGGAUUUGCUCGUUUUGUUGUGCACACAUAAGAAAAGUGUUUCAUCUGGAGAACUUUCUAAGAUAAAGUGUGGAUAUUAUUUUUAUGAGUCCUUUCUACAGUAUUCUGAGACUAAUAAAAAACAACAACCCAGUAUUCAGGUAGUUUCUUGUGUAUAUUCUUUAAGUCUGGAGUUGUGUAGGAACACAAGAAGAGCCCUACAUCUAAUCCAGCAUUUUGUGGCCAAACAGAUGCUUUUGGGAAGUUUACAAGCAAGAGUAUGAAGGGAACAAUCUUGCUAUGCUGUUUGCACCCUGGCAACUGGUAAUCCGGGAUAUGCUACCUCUGAACAUGGAGAUUCCAUUUAGCUAUC